UGGUCAGUUCUUUUGUUCCCCAGACGGGGCCUCUAGAGAGAGAGAGAGAAAAGGAGGAGGGGAGGGGAGAGGAGAGAGAGGGAGCUGCCUGCCUAGUUGAUUGCAGUGUGAAAGAGCAACAAUGUGUGUUUGCUAGAGAGAGAGAGAGAUGCUGAUAGAUGUGCAAAAUGGCGCAAGCUCACUCGACCCCUUGAGCCACAAAUUCUUAUAACUGGGGACAUAAGGGUUUAGCUGUUGGUUUGUUUCGCUUUGACCAGUUUUUUUUGUAUCCUAAUAUUUCAUUUCAAGGUGCUUAAAUGGUUUCCAAACGCUGCUACCUGUCUUGUGGCGCACUCGGAUUACUUCUGACCGCUUUAGUGGAGGUCGGUCACUGCGCAGAGCUCGCUUUUGCUGUGGAACCCAGCGACAUCAUUGCUGUCCAGGAGCAGCCUUUGAUGCUACACUGCCAAGUGGAUGGCAUCCAGCCAAUCACAACGUCGUGGAGGAGAAACGGUGUGCUCCUAUUGGACGGUGAGAACAAUGCCAUGUUUGUCAAUGGAUCGCUGGUGAUCACCAGGUUCCAGAAGACGAAGGCCGACGGGUCCUCGGAUGAAGGGGACUAUGACUGCGUCGCCCAGAACCACUUUGGGCUGGUGGUCAGCCGGAAAGCAAAAGUGCAGGCUGCAAAUCUGAUCGUCUUUGGGAGAGGGCUGAUAGCUGAAGCUUGGUUGGCAGCGAUGGCUGAGUUCCACGUCCACCCCCAGUCGGUGCAGGUUGAGGAGGGGGGAGUCAGCCGCUUCCAGUGCCACAUUCAUGGGCUGCCUGAGCCGCUCGUCAGCUGGGAGAAGAACGGGGUGCCGGUGGACACAGACAACGAGAGGUACACACUCUUGCCCACCGGCGUGCUGCAGAUCACAGGAGUCCGAGUCGAAGACAGCGGGAUCUUCCGCUGCGUUGCCACCAACAUCGCCAGCGUCAAGCGCAGCCUGGAGGCCAGGCUCACUGUAUCAGGCUCUCAGUCAGCUGUUUACAAAGAACCCAUGAUUCUGGUUGGCCCCGAGAACCUCACCCUGACGGUUCACCAGACCGCCAUAUUGGAAUGCGUUGCUACGGGAUACCCGCGACCCAUCGUGUCCUGGAGCCGGCUGGACGGCCGUCCGAUUGGAGUGGAAGGCAUCCAGGUGCUGGGCACAGGGAACCUGAUGAUCUCGGACCUCACGGUGCAGCACUCCGGGGUGUACGUGUGUGCGGCAAACAAGCCCGGGACCCGUGUUCGAAGGACUGCUCAGGGGCGCCUCGUUGUGCAAGCGCCUGCAGAGUUUGUGCAGUCCCCGCAGUCCAUCUCCCGGCCACUGGGCACCACGGCAAUCUUCACGUGUGUGGCACAGGGAGAGCCCGCCCCCCAGCUCACCUGGCUGAAGAACGGGCAGAUUCUGGAGACCAGCGACAACGUCAAACUGAGAAACAACAACAGCACCCUUACUAUCUAUGGGAUCAGCCUGGAGGACGAGGCGAUUUACCAGUGCAUUGCGGAGAACAGCGCGGGCUCCACCCAGGCCAGCGCCCGGCUCACUGUGCUCUGGGCAGACGGGUUACCCAGUCCCCCUCGAGACGUGAAGGCUGUGACGGCCUCCUCCACUGCCAUCCAGGUGUUGUGGAGCCAGCCCCUGCAGAACACACAGGAGAUCAUCGGCUACGUGCUGCACAUCCGCAAAACCAUAGAUCCCAUUGAAAUGGAGUACCAGGAAGCUGUUAGUAAAAGUACUUUCCAACAGUUGGUGUCUGACUUGGAGCCUUCCACCAGCUACGCGUUCUACGUGAAGGCCUACACCUCACGCGGAGCCAGCAAGCCCUCGGAGACGGCCACAGAGAAGACGCUGGGGGAAGUUCCAGCCACACCAUCACUCUUUAUUAAGGUUUUAAACAGCACAUCAAUCCAAGCCACAUGGGAGCCCUCUAUUAAGCUGGGCAUGCACAGGGGCUUUAAGCUGUAUUACCGCAAGGUCCACGUCUCACACUUCACCGGCCCGCUGUGGCUGCCCAGCAACAUCACGUCCUUCAACAUCACCCAGCUCGACCCCUCUGUGGUGUAUGAAGUGAAGCUCCUUGCCUUCAACCAGCAUGGAGAAGGGAACUCCAGCGUGCGCUUCGUAUCCCUGCGAGACACCGUCGAGCGCUCAGUGCUGAAUACCCCCUGCAACUGUGUAAAGGAUGAACAAAACAAAACUUCCACCACAGGCAUCAUCAUUGGGAUUCACAUCGGAGUCACCUGCAUCAUCUUCUGUGUCCUGUUCCUCAUGUUCGGAUAUCGUGGACGGUUGCUGAUGUGUAAGAACGUACAGGAUCACUUGGCCACACCACAGGUCGUCCGCAAUCAGACCGGGAGCUCGGCAGGGCUGGUGCUGAACAGAGUGUCGCGGAGGGACCUCGAUGAGACUGGAAACACUGGGAAACAGCCUGCCGAUACCAACGAGCUGGAGAGGCUGUUCCCAGGGACCCCCCUCCGAGAACAGCCUGACAAAGGGAACGAGACUGACAACAUCCCUAGUACGUUGCACGACGAGACACAAAUCUCCACCCUCCCGCUAGACGAAGUCAGCAUCAUGGAAGAACGACAGCCGCCGAGUGAGAGUGCUCCAGUAGGGGGCGCCACCGGCCCUUCCGAGAACCACCUCCACUGAGCCGAGGAACAAGGAUGAACGCCAAGUCUUAGAACGCCUCUUGUAGGAUUCUUAUUAACAGUCUCACUCCGUCUCAGGUCAACUGCAUGCUUAUUUUUUUUUUUUUUUAAGGAUUGAUACUCAAUCUGCUCUUGAAAUGCCGUCAGGUCAGGUUUUUAUCAUUCUUAUCAGACUCGGGCCUUUUAUCUUCUUUCUCUUAUUUUCUUUUGUUCUUAUGAAUGAUAAGAUGCAGUGAUAUUGGACAGAUGGACGUUUCUCUAUUGCCAUCUCUCCAGAGGCCGGUUACAGGACACUGCUGCAAGUGACAACAGACCGAGAUUGCCAUCUUCAAUAAAGCCUGUUUGACAGACUUGUUUGACAGAUUAGAUUUCUACAUUUCAGUGAAUUGUUUAACAUUGACAGCCCAGUACCUACACUUGUAGGCCUUUUGAUUUUAGAAAAGGAACUGUAAAGUCCUGCCAGUAACCCUACCAAUGAUUCCACGCGAGGGGCCAGAAGAGGCCUGCUCCAGAGAGUUCUCAGGAUUCUUUUUUACUGUAAAGUUGUUUUUUGCUCAGCUGUGUCAACGGUUUGCCCUACAUGCAGGCUAUUAUAGACUUGGCUAACAACCCUUGGGAUGCUCAAUGUGAACCUACCUCAGCCGGAAAUGAAUGUCUUCUGGGAAGCCACAGCUGUUGUGUCUUCCUUUGUUUUCAACGAGUAUCAAUUGGUCUGUACUUGUUUAGUAAUACCUCAAAAAAAAAAAAAAAAGUCAUUCUGUUACACACCUGCUACAAAAUAUUUCCAACGUAAGCACUUCCUAACACUGAAGGCAAUGUUCUACCUCAAGUUUUUUUUUAAUGUUUUAUGUAUUAUAAACAGUUCAUAUGUUUCUGUCAGGGGGGUCUUCUGUUCCCUCCAUUAUUUGAUCUACUCGUGGAUUUGAUGGAGUCUCAGAAAACUGUAAAGGACAAGGUGUUGUAUGAAAUUGUUCUCAUGAAGGCUUUUUAAAUAGUGUUUUAUAUUUAGUAAUUGCGUUCCUGUAGUGUGUUCUGACAAAAAAAAAAACCUCUAGUAUUGUUUAUUUUUUAUUUUUUUAUGUGAAGAUGGUUAGAUAUACAUAGCGCUGCUACUAAUACCCUGAGGAUAAAAAAAAAACAGCAACACAAAUUCUGAAGAAUACAAAUUAUAUCAUUUAUAAUUAAAAAUAUAUAGCUGUAUUCCUAAGGACUUUUUUGGGAAGUAUAUUUAAAAAAAAAAAAAAAUUAAAAAAUCUGCCAUAAUUACAGUUCAACAUUAAAGAAUAUUUGUUAAAAUAUUAAAGCAAAGCAGUGAAUGUGUCCACUUAAAGCAGAUUUGAAAGCUGAUAUUCAGCAGUAACAAGACCUAUUAUUAACUAUACUUCCUUCUUGGGUGGUGCUUACUGGGGGUCAGCUGAAUUGAAGGAUUUAAAUGGAAUGCAUCCAGUUAUUUAUCAGUCAUGUAAAUGACAUUGGCGUCAGACAGGUGUCCAGUCAUCCAGCACUCCAGUACUGAUUUCAACCCUGUCAUCCCCACAGAAAAGUACUCGGGUUUUACAGAAAAAAGGAGACGCAACUAAACUGAACAUAAUAUUAAGUGCAUGCGUUGAAGUAACCCAGUGAGGUAACUCCAACACCAUGGGAGCUUGUUUCAAAGCCGUUAUUGGAUGAUGCUGUGCUUUCAGCUCAUUCUCCCCUACUGUAUAAAUUCAACCUCGUCCUAUCUUUGGCCAUGUGACCGACGACAGCUCUCAAGAAAAGAGACUGUGGCACUGUGGUGGACGAUUUCUACCUGAAAAAGAGUACAGUUACGUUUCAGUUCCCUUUUUUCUGGGCCAGUCAGUAUAAUUCAGUCUUUUUGAAAUGUGUUUGUUUUAUCCAUGUGUGAAACGAAUAGCUCCUGUUCCCUGGGGGUUCGAGUGGCAGUGUCUUCUGUGGAGCUCGUCUUUCAAGCCUUAGAGCUGGUAGUUGUGUACUGUAGCUUUAGUCAAUGCAUGGGUCUGGUCCCCUACCUCAAUACAAGCAGCCACGCUGUCAUGGUGGGCUGUACGAUCAGCAAGUCCAGGACAGUUAAAUACAGGUUGUACAUUAACAGUCUACAGCAAGGGCAUUCACUGCAGGUUCACUGGAGUAUGUGGACAAAAAAUCCAUUACAUUUUUUUUAAUCUCAUUUCAGGUAAUGAAUGUAAUAGUGACUUUUUUUAUUAUUAUUUUAUGGAUUCUCUUAUUCUGUUUUUUUGCAUCACAAUUUUUCAUGUGGUUUGUACAGUUCUGUACUCAGGAGUGUUUAAAAAUCGCAGUGACAUCUAAUGGUAUAGCUGUAGAAGCUGGGAAAAGUAGUUCCUGUUGCGGCAUAUAAUAAACCCCACAGUAUGGUGGAACUACAUUUCCCAGAGUGCAAUGUGACACGCUGCACACUGUAGUGUACUGAUUAUCAGGACCCUGUGGUUGGGUGUUAGCUAUACAGUAAUUAUGCAUAGUAUAGAGUUAGCACCUACUCACAGUAGUCACGUUUUGUGCAAAACUUGUACACAAAGGCAUGGUAUAGUUAAGUCUGUGAACUGCAAAACGGGGGGGGGGGGGAGCACUGAUAAAUCCACUCUCCGGAUUUGAAUAUGCUCAACAUUCCAGGGAUACUCCAGCCUUCUUCUGAAUAAAGAAAGAAGUAUUUAAAUGGUAUGAAUAUUGCUCAGAAAAUAUUUUCUUUUAAAAGUAUGUUUCAAUUGAAAUUUGCUUUGUCAUCCACAGUGUUUUCACACGUGUUUUUAUAUAUAAAAAAAAAAACAAUGACCAACAUCACGGAAUUUAAAUGGUCUAAAAAAAAAAAAAAGAUUGAUUGCUUGACAGCACUGCUGCCAAUGUGAUAUCUAGGAGUGUGUAAUACUUGCAAGUUUUUGCCCUUGAACGGAAUAAAUCUGUCCAGAGAGCUAGACUGCCCUUGUUGACUGCAAAGAUUGGGAUCCCAUUCCAGAAGGAAUACAAGAGCUGCCCACAUUUUAUUCACCAGACAGAUUAAUUAACAGGAGGAGGAUAAAUCUGAAAUGAUCUAAUCCCAUUAAUCACAGCAUUAACAGCAGCCUGUUAUUCUGGACAGAUUAACAUCCCGAGACUCUGUCUGGGACCUCAGGGAAUGUGUCCUCAUGGUAUUGUUUGAGUAGCUAGUAGUGUGAUAGUAGUUACAGGGUAUUUUUCUACUGUUCGAGUCCAGGUAUUUAUUUUGUAAGGCUUCUCUGUAAGCUUCCACCAGCCAAAUAAGCAGCAAUGUAUGUAUUAAAGAAAAGUUAUAAAUGCAGCUCCACUUCAACCCAUUCAUUAUCCAGUUUGUAUUUUCCCAUUGCCUUCUUAACUAAAUACAAUAAUACACAAGCAGCCUGCAUCAAUGCAGGUUACUGGUAUGAAGGGUGGCUCUAUUAAAACUGAUGCUGUUCAGACCUCAACAAGUGCAUUUAUGUCCAAAUUUCAACUGCGUUUUCGUUUUUCAAUAGCGGUUAAUUUCUCUUGUCCUGAGUUUACCCCAUUUUCGGAAUUGCCCAGUGGAAUAGACACAGAAUUAACACGCAGUUAAGCUCCAAAUAUUACUAUGGCAACAGCAGGGUAUUUAAAAGAUUGUAGUAAGAAGAUCAAACCUUGAAUCAACAAACAGUUUGCUGUGCCAAAGUGUUGCUGGUUCAGCUUUUAAAAGCUUUGAAAAGGAUCAAGAUCCUUUUUUUCUAGCCUUUGCUGAAAAGACCACAAAUUCUUAUGAAUAUGUAGUAUCAAACACUUUGGUGUACAACAAUUUAGUUGUUAGAGAAUUAGAAUCCCCCUGCUGUUUCUAGCAGCUCGUCACAAAGAACAGUUCCCCCUUUUCCCUCCCCGCUAGCUUUUCUUUAUGUACGGCUGAAAUAUUGUCAGUGUAUUUAAAUAGUUUGUGUUCCCUUUCUGUUUUCUAUAUGCUCAGGGCAAUCACUCAAAGCCGCAACGCUGUCAGAAGUUUGCAGAGCAUUUUCUUUCAUGCUAACUUCCUGCUGCACGUUGUCUAAGCCCCAUACCCCCUCCUGCUUGAAGACUUGCUGGUGUGAAGUUUGAAGCCCUGCAGUUUACUCAGUACUGCUCUUGUCAUUUUGUAAAUGUGUUUGUUACAAAACCACUCUUACUGUAUAUGUAGAAGUGUUACCAUGUAGUAGCUAUAACAUGAAGUGUAUCUCACAUAUGUUCCCUUUUAUACUGUACAUACUGUAAACAUAACAAAAAGGAGAGCGGUGAAUUAACCCAUGUAAGACCAAACUCUGCUCAAGCUGUGACACUGGAGUAUAUCAGUUGUCCAAGACCAAUAGGCAUCAUAUUUUGCUCUGAAAUAUAUUCACUGGUGAUGUCACAUGAUGAAAUAGCAGAUGCAAUGCUGGAAUCUUAUUUAAAAUGUUAAUAUUUUGUAUGUACUCCAGUUCGGCAAAUGGGACACACAUUUCGGGGUGAUGAGCUUCAGACAGGGACUUUAGCCUUAGCCCACACUCUAUGGCCAAGUCUUUGUAAAGGGAUCUGCAGCUGCCACGGCUGUUUAGCUGUGACCGGCCCGCAUCCGCAAGAACUACACUGCAGGGAAAAAGAAAAUCUGCAGAAUGCAACAUUCCGGUAUGGAUUCCCCUCCACAGCGCAGGGGUAUUUCAAACACUACACAAUGUGGAACCGGCUCAAACUCCAAACCAAAAAGCAGUAGCACCUGUUCAGUUACCUGUUAAUCAAAACACGUUCUUGCCGCAAGAAAACAUCCCACAUGCACGAUAGGUCAGUACAGGCGAUGAGAAGUUUAAAAGAGGUACAAUAAAAGCACAAGCUUUAUUCAGGUCAGAAUUCCUCUGCUAGCUGUAGCUGUGGAAGAUCUCACAUUGCCUGUCCUUGUCCCAGGCUCAGCCCUUACACCUACAUUUCAGGUAAAGAGGAGUUCUUGAAGUCUGUGUCAGGAAGCACUUUUUUUUUUUUUUUUUUCUACUAAGUUGUAUUCUCCAUCCUGUUGAAGUCCCGCUGAUGAUAUGAUUGUUGGUCAGUUAUAAAAUAAAAUAAAAAACUAGAUGAUUUUGUAGUUUGUAUUGUUUAGAGUUCAUUGUGAGACCAUUGAUAAGAAGAAUAAAGCUAGAUCUAGUUCUGCAAA